AAUAAUUUUUUCCAUCCAUUCGAAGCAUUGCUGACCUGGACACCUGCUGAGAAUGAAUCUUUUUCCAAUUUUAAUAGUUUUGUCUUUAAGUGUCACUGUUCCAUUUACGAAUGGACAGGAGAAUAGUGAUGAAUUCUUGUAUGAUGUCUUUCCCUCUGACUUUAAAUGGGGAUUCGCCACAGCCAGUUAUCAGAUUGAAGGGGCAUGGAAUGAAGAUGGCAAAGGUCUAAAUAUUUGGGAUGAAUACAGUCAUCGCAUUCCCACUCCAAUUGACGACGGAAGUAAUGGUGAUAUUGCGUGUGAUAGUUACCAUAAGAUUGACGAAGAUGUGGCAAUGUUAAAGAACAUGGGAGCAGACGUUUAUCGAUUCAGUUUGUCGUGGGCUAGGAUAUUCCCGGAAGGAACUGGACAGGUGAACGCUAGAGGUGUUCAAUUUUACAAUACGUUCAUUGAUCGUCUAAUCGAAAAUGGAAUUGAGCCGAUGAUUACGCUGUAUCAUUGGGACCUGCCGUUAACAUUGCAGUAUGAUUCAGCUGAAGGAUGGCCUGACGAUCGAAUUAUCCCCGCCUUUGUUGAAUUCGCUGAUUUCUGUUUCAACGAAUUCGGUGAUCGAGUCACAAAAUGGAUUACAUUUAACGAACCAUGGGUCGUAUGCCAUCAGGGCUAUGGAAUUGGUUCCAAAGCACCUGGAAUUAGAAAUGCAACCCAAAGUUACCGAUGCGCCCACAAUAUAAUCCGGUCUCAUGCGAAAACCUAUCGCCUCUAUGAGUCCAAAUAUAAAAAGCAACAGAAUGGCUUGGUUGGUAUAACAUUGGACUGCAGUUGGCAAGAGCCAAAAACCAAUAGUGCACUUGAUAUUGCCGCUGCCGAGAGGGCAUUGGUAUUCAAGCAUGGUUGGUAUGCUGGUCCCUUAACUUGGGGAAAAUAUCCAGAUGUAAUGAGAGAAUAUGUGGAUGCAGCUAGUGCUCGAGAAGGAUUGUCCUAUUCACGUCUUCCACAAUUUACCGACGAAGAAGUCGCCGAAAUGAUCAACACGAUGGACUUCAUUGGACUGAACCACUACACCACCGAGUACAUUGAACAUCAGGUGCGUUCCGGAUUUGGAUGGGAAGAAGAUCAGUACACGGCAAAAUCGUUUAACGACACCUGGCCAGAGACUUCCGCUACGUGGCUUCGAGUUGUACCGUGGGGAUUCAGAAAGAUGUUGCAUUGGAUUGCAAGUACGUACGGUAAUCCGGAGAUAUACGUUACGGAGAAUGGAUACGCCGAUUUUGAUACGUCUGGGGUGAACGAUCCGGGACGAGUUGACUACUAUCGGAACUACAUAAAUGAGAUGUUAAAGGCAAUUAAGAUUGAUCGAGCUCGAGUAACAGUCUACACAGCUUGGAGUUUAAUGGACAACUAUGAGUGGGCUAGAGGAUAUACACAAAGAUUUGGAACUCACUAUGUCGACUUUAAAGAUCCUGAACGGCCUAGAACUCCGAAAGACUCUGCGCUACUACUGAAGCAAAUUUUUGCAGAUAACGGCUUUAGGAGUGCCGGACAAACAAUCGUUUUAAAUUCGACUCUGUUUUCAGUCAUCGUGUCACUGGUGCUUUAUAUGUUUUCUUUGUAAAUUUAAAAUCCGUGUGAAAUAAAAUUUUUAAGAUUUUUAACA